AUGCCCCAAAUAACCCUCUACACCUACUUCCGCUCCUCCUGCUCCGCUCGUCUGCGCAUCGCCCUCGCCCUCAAAAACCUCCCCUACACAGCCAUUCCGAUCAACCUCCUAAAAGACGAACAGCACUCCACCACCAACACCACUCUCAACCCCUCCGCCACGGUGCCCACCCUCCUCAUCAAAUCAGAAAACAACACAGUCAAAAUUACCCAGUCUCUUGCCGCCCUUGAAUACCUCGACGAGACCUUCCCCGACACCGCCUCCUCACUCCUCCCACCAACCAGCGACCCCUCCGCGCGCGCACUCGUCCGAACCCUCUCCCACAUCAUCGCCUGCGACGUCCAGCCCGUCACGAACCUGCGAAUCUUAAAGCGCGUGGCGCCGCUGGGCGUCGACCGCGGUGCGUGGUCAAAGGAGUUAAUCGAGGACGGUUUCCGGGCGUACGAGGCGAUUGCGGAAAAGUCGGCCGGGAGGUUCAGUGUUGGGGAUGAGGUGACCAUGGCCGAUGUGUGCUUGAUUCCGGCGGUUUGGGGCGCCCAGAGAGUUGGCGUUGAGUUGGAGAGGUAUCCGACAAUUGAUAGGGUUGCGAGGGGCUUGGAGGAGGUGGAGGCGGUCAAGUUGGGACAUUGGAGGAAUCAGGAGGAUACGCCGGAGGAGUUUAGGGUUUGA